UUCCAGUCUCCCCAUGUCGGUGACUUUUCGGUCAACAAACCCCUCACCAGUUCGGUUUCCCACUAGUCGGUGUUCUUAAUCUCUGGGCGGGGAUUUGAGAGGGGAGGUCGGUCUUCUAGUUCUUUCAGUCCAGCAGCAGCAGCUUGUUACUGGUAGGGGCAGGGAUUUGCGCUGGAACAAAAGGACGGAAAGAGCUACUCAGACAAAGAACAGUGGGUACCCUAGGAUCGAUAUAUUCGCAGAAAUACUGUCUUGGAAACUCCUCACUCUCUCAACCGACUUUGAGGUAUAUCAUUCCAUAAUUGUUUUAUAUUGUAUUUACAUAGUUAUUCUUCACUCUAUGGGUGUUUCUCAUUCUGUUCAGACAUCUUCCGGUGAAGAAAAUGGAAAUGGAAGUGACAGUUGGCAAUUGUCGAACUUUAAGGAACGGCAAGUUAUCGGAAAGGGUACCUGGGGCACUGUUCGGAUUAUUAAACACAAGGGAACGAAGGAGAAGUUUGCUUUAAAAAAGAUUGUGAAAAAGGAAAAGUCUCCAAAACAGAUGGUUAAGCUGAGAAGGGAAUGUGAAAUCUUACGGGAACUGUCAAACCCGCUUGUCUGUCAGUUGAGAGACAGCUUUGAGGAUAACAACAGUGUGUAUAUUAUUACGGACUUAAUGAGCGGUGGUGAUUUACGAUACCACAUUUCACAGCAUCGAUUUGAAGAACGUGUGCUGCAAUUUUGGCUCGCAGAGAUUGCUGCCGCCAUUUUGUACAUUCAUUCUCGAAACAUAAUCCAUCGGGAUAUAAAACCAGAUAACAUUUUACUGGACCAUCUCGGUCACUGUCAUUUGGCCGACUUUAAUGUGGCUCAAAAAGUUGAUCCAGAACAACCCGUUGCAACAGGUGUUGCCGGCACACCUGCUUACAUGGCACCCGAGUUCUUUUUUUUUCAGCAAUGCAGCUUUGAAGCGGAUUGGUGGUCGCUAGGAGUGGUAAUGUACGAGUGCUUUCAUCAGGAAAGGCCGUUUGACGGUUCUGCCGCUUACGACUGGAUGCAGAAGGACGAACAGGAACGACAAAAAAUGCUCCCAGACAUCGAGCAAAUGUUUGUGCCGAAGUUUUCCAAAGACGCAAUGUCGAACGAAGCUGAGGAUGCCGCAAAGAAGUUCCUUCGAGCGAAUUCGAAACAGCGUUUGGGUCAUCAUCCUGCCGACGUUUUUCAGCACUCGUUCUUCCAUAACUUCCCACUAUCCGACCUUAACCAAUGCAAAAUCCCGCCUCUCUACCGCCCUUGCCAAACGAAGCUAAAUGCUGAUCCGAUAUUGGAGCUGGAGGCGUACAUUUAGAACUAGCAUCCUCUCCUCUGGUACAUACUAUACAUUUCCCUCAUUGAUCCCUCCCUUACCUCUAAACCUCCUAGCUGAUGUAGCUCAAGUACG